AUGUCUGAUGUGGAGUCGCUAGAAGCUGGGGGUUUGUUUGAGGAGCCAGAGGGGUUUCUGCCGCCACCACCGGAACCUCAUUAUGCUGAGUACGACAGGGAGAUGAUCUCGCCCAUGUCUAAGUCAAAACAGAGGCACAUCGAUCUGAAGCUCGUUGGGUCGUCGCCGCUAUGGGGCCACUUACUGUGGAACUCCGGUAUAUACACAGCUAAGCAUCUGGACAAACACCCGGAGCUUGUGCUGGACAAGAACGUGCUCGAAUUGGGCGCCGCUGGUGCGUUGCCCUCUGUGGUCGCAGGGCUGAUUGGCGCUAAAAGGGUCGUCAGCACGGACUACCCAGACGCGGAUUUGAUGAGUGUUAUCAGGGAGAACGCCAAAUCCUUGGAGAACGUCUCUGUGGAGGGAUACAUCUGGGGGAACGAUUACAGUGAUGUACUGUCGCACCUGGAGAAUCCAGCCGAGAAGUUUCAACUGGUCAUUCUGAGUGACCUCGUGUUCAACCACACAGAGCACCACAAAUUGCUGAAAACGACGAGGGACUUACUGAGCGCAGAUGGGAAGGCGCUCGUCGUCUUCUCCCCUCACAGACCGUGGCUACUGGACGCGGAUCUCGCGUUCUUCGAAACCGCAAAAAACGAGUACGGGUUUGACGUGGAACGCAUUGAAAUGGUCCACUGGAAACCGAUGUUUGAGGAGGAUGACGAAACGGUAGAAGUCAGAUCGAGAGUGUACGCAUACUACAUGAGCCACCCUUCGGUUGACUCGAAGAUUGUGUAA